AUGAGUUUCUCGGACAAAGUGGUGAUAGUAACAGGCGCCAGUUCUGGUAUCGGGGCUGCAACUGCUAUCAUGUUCUGUAGAGAGGGCGCCAGCGUAGCGCUAGUUGGUAGGAACGAAACCAAACUGAAGAACGUCUCGCAGAAAUGUUCAGCUGCCGGAGGAAAACACGUCGUCAUCAUAGCCGACGUUUCCAAUGAUGACGACGCUAGAAGAAUCGUCGAUAACACCAUCAAGAAGUUUGGCAAACUAGACAUUCUUGUAAACAACGCUGGUGUCCUUGGUAUGGCGAAAAUUCUCGACGGAACGAUCCUCGAAGCUUACGACAAAAUAAUGAAAACCAAUGUGCGCGCUGUUGUGCACUUGACUAUGUUGGCCGCUCCGCAUCUCGUCAAAACUAAAGGAAAUAUUGUCAACAUUUCUAGUGUAGCUGGAAAAACUAUUUCACUUCCAACUUUCUCAGCAUAUGCCACAUCCAAAGCUGCAUUGGAUCACUUCACACGAGGUUCAGCUUCAGAACUAGCGUCAUCUGGCGUCAGAGUGAACACUGUAAGCCCGGGACCAGUCGCUACUGACAUUAUGGAUAACAUUAUCAGCGGAGAAAUAAAUCCUGAUCAGUCCAGACAGAUGAUACCUCCACUUCAAAGGGUUUCCCAGUCUGACGAAAUUGCAGAUCUUAUUUUGUAUUUAGCCAGUGACAGAUCAAUAGGUAUUACUGGUUCUGAUUUUAUAACUGACAACGGUUAUCUUUUGAAAUAA